AUGGCCGCUCGGUCGCCUGAAUAUCAAGCUUGCUGGCGGGCUGAGGGUGUUCUAUCUCUUCAGAACCGUUCGCAUGAGCAGCUGGCUGGAACGACCGGGCAGAUGUGGAUGCCGUUGUCGCGCGGCUCCAACGAGAGAAUCGCUCGUGUGUUCGAAGCAGCACGAGCCAAUCGUCGUUUGCCUGUUGGUCGCUUUACCUUGACAGGGCUGGGCCUCCAUAACUAUAUCCACUGGGAAAUCUACGGCAUGCUGUAUCCUUCUCUGCUUUGUCUUUUCGCCCCGGAGUAUGAGAACAUGACCCUCGUGAUCCGACCCGUGGCCCUCCUUGCAGUGUUUGUGCUUCUGGAGCGAAACCACACUCCACGGCAGAUUCACACAGUGCUGACGUGUAGGGCGCUGCAGUCAUCGCAUGUGAAGCUUGCGAUGGCACCAGACGGCACGUUGGUCAUGGCUCUAGAAGAUUUGUCUGCAGAAGUACCUCUGCUGAAGGCGAUUCUGCCAGUUGCCUUUGACCCACAAGCACUGCCGCAGGCUGUGGAAUCGGUCCUCUCGGAUAGCGGUGAGCAGGUCACAGAGCCUUGCGUGCUCCAAGCUGUCAUUGGUCACAACCAUGCCCGCAUAGAGACCAGAUCUGUUGGAGUUGAAAGCAAGUGGUUUUACCACAUGCAUGAUUCCGGCUUUUCCCGAUUCCAAGAUUUUUUGCCGCACACGUUGCAGCAACAGUCCACCUCCCUUUGCUUGAAGCUUCCUGCUCCUCAUGCCUUGCUUCUGGCCUCAGGUCGGUGGACUGAAUAUUGCUUGCCUGUUGUGCGAUCUGGUCGCAGUCGCAGCUUUUCUGCUGGUGCCGCACUUCUCCAAGCUCUGCCACUGCCACCCCGGGCUGCUGCUGGGCAACCGGAGCAGGAUGCAGCUGAUGUGGCCCACGUUGAUUUGUCCUAUCUGUCUCAGCUCGCCCGGUCCGCGCGUCGCCUGUUGAAUACCGAAAGACCGAUGAGUGCUCUGGAGGUUGCUCAGGCCCGUCAAGAUGUGCAGAGUUUGUUGGCUUGGCGUGAGUCUUUGCUCGUGGAAGAGGCACGCAUGUCCCACCGUGUUUACUCCAUGCAGACUUUGGUUGAAGCUGUCCUAGUCAGUUCGCGUCUGCGCAGUACUGCGGAUUUGGGGGAUGUUUUACGCCAUGGGAUCAGGCUUGUUUUCAGGGAGGAGGGCGUCUGCCGCUACUUCCUCUCGCUGCUUGAGCGUAAGUACGCCGUGCCUAAAAAGUCCUACCUCACCAAACACAGACUGACUGUCAUCCUGGCAUAUGCGAGGGCUUUAGCAGAAGAGGUUGAUGAGUUGUUGGACAGGAACCGAACCGCCACCGGUGAAUCCAUCGUCCGCUGGUCCACUAUGGACAGCUCUCCGCAGAAAGGUUUCGAGUGGGUCAUGCAGGGGCAUCGGUACAUGGCUGUGUCAGAGCUGCCGUCUGCAGUCGACAAGGCAGACUUGCUCAUUUCUGGUUCCCUUGAGCCGAGCACAGAGCAGAACUGCCGCCAGUUCCUUGCCGCGCGUCUCUUGCUGCGUCCUUGCUUGCCUGCUGCAAUUGGUUCUGCACGUGCGAGUGUUGGCCACAAAAUCCGUGCAUCCGCACACGCAGAGCGUGCCGCCUGCAAUUCAUGGCAGCAGUGUGCUCAUCUCAUGAACAGCACAUUCACGAGGACAGGCGAUUUGGGUGCUGAGGCUCACGUAAUAGGAUGGUCAGGCAGGCUAACCGAUCUCUGCGGCAAUUGGAUCAAGAAGGAGGAACAUGAGUCUGAGCCACAGUUUGAGCCCGAAGCUUUUGAAUUCAUCGGCGCAGCUGAAGGCUCUUCAAGCGGAGGCGAGCUCAAAGCAGACUGCAAUGAGGAGGCUUUUCAGUUCCACUCUGACAUGGCAACAGCACGUGCCGAUUUACCGGCUGCAGUUGUAGGCCCCAGCCUGCAUCUUGAUUUCAGUCCGCAAAUUUAUAUAGCAGGGUUGUUGCACAUAGCCCACAACGUCUCCAAGGACUUGCACCAAGCACUUGAGCAUUGGCCUGUUUUUACGGAGCAGUUGACUCAGGUCUGCAAAUUGCUUUCCUCUCGGAUUUCCCGGCAACGUCUCCUCGAGACGUGCUUUUCGGAGCCUCCCUGGUCAGCGUUCCAGGCUCGCUUUGAGAGUUUCAACGCUCAAGUGUAUGGGGGCCGCUGGAAUACAGCGAUGGAGGCUGUGCAGGACUUGCUUCCGUUGAUCCACAUCUUACGUCGCGCUUGGUCGGGUGUCAAGUUUGGUGUGAAGGGACAGGACCGGGACACUGAAGAGCCAGAUGGCGACAGGUCUCGCGUGCUGUCUUUGAGCGUGGUAGAUGAGGCCCUGAAGUCCAGCAUGUUUCCUGCGUACUUGCAUGCCAUGCACAGUGUCGCCGAGUGUUUAUCUCACAUUUCGCACUGGGCAGAGAGUUGCCCAUGCACGAGUCACAGCUCCGACCGUGCUGCGCAAACUUGCCCAUUGAGGAGCUCAAGGGCCCCGGAGCUGGCUGCAGGCGCCCUCCCCCUUCUCGUGAAGAGAAGCUUCGAUGUCGCUCACGGCCACUUGCUGGCCCUGGAGGAGACCUCGCGCCUGACACCAGCAGAGCUGAAGACACUGGUUGCUGAUUGGACAGCAGCUAGGAGGCAUGUUUUGUUGCUUGUAGAUUUGAAGCUUUCGCAUUGGCAACAACUUCCUUACAUUGCCUUCGGCAUGGGGCACCACUGUCCCGACGUCCGUCGUAAAGCAGCUGUGCAGACGCUGCGUCUGUAUGAUGCAGCGAAGCAGAAUCCAGAUCAACCUCGAACACACCCGCUGUGUGAGUUACUUUGUGCUGCGGACUCCGCUUGCCGCCGUGAGAUAGAGAGAUUGGCUUCUGGCGAGACUGCGUGGAACCAACUGCCGACGCUUAAGGUUUGGGCAGGCAAGUUUAAGUUUGCACCCGUCGCGGAACGCUGGGUCGAAGGACUCCAUGCGGCCACGAAGAGGUCUGUGCGUGCAGCUCCGCACGCAGGUCCAGCGCACAUAGCUUUCGAGUUCAUGUCCCCGCAUUUGCGCACAUGGUUGCGGGAGUCUCCAGAACGGCUUGCAAUGCUUGCUAAGCAUUGCCGCUGCACAAGCAACCCUUUGAAGAUGUCUGACGCAGCCGGGCUGAGGCACCAUCCUGGCAUUGAAUCUCUCCUAGUGCUUUCUUAUUCGGGCAAGAAGAAGAUCCUGCCGCCAAAAGCCAGCAAGCAAGUGGUGCCCAUACUUUUCCAUUGUGAUCCGGCAUCCCACUUCCGACCUCUGCCUGAGAGCUUGCUUUCAACGGAUAGAGCGUCCUUACCGACAAUGGGCCCUGCUUGCAUCUUGCCGCAAGCCGCAGUUCCCGAGCAGUGGCAGCAUUUGUGGUGCAAGUAUGCGCUCCAGCACUUCAAAGCAUGCGUCGCAGACAGUGCCAUGGAACUGACAGGAAGUUCUGGUAAAGCAUCCAGAGUCUACUCCUUUCAUAAUGCAACAUCGCCAAUUCCAUUGUCCAGUUACACCUCCCCGGCCUGCCCGCCAGUUGUGACAGUUGUGCAGGACAUCAGCCGUGAGUUUGAGUUUGUCUCUGAGUCUGCAAGCACUGCACUCGGCGCCGCAGCACAGGGAGCACGCUCGGGUCAUCUCUCCCCCGGCCUUCCUCAGGAAUGGUUCUUUUUCCGAGUAGCACACUCCAAUCCAGGCCGAGUCGUGUACGUGCCUGGCACAGCCCCAUUACAAGGAGACGGCCAGAUGAUCGUUGAGCAACUUCCGCUCUUGCGCCUGUCACCUGCCAAGACCGAGGCUUCGGUUGCAGUGGAAGGCCAGGACACGCUGUUGUUUGUGCUUUCAGCGGUGGCAUCUACGCCUGAAGACUUGCUUGGCAUUCAUCACUGGCAAACAGACGAAGCUCUCCAGACUAAUCUGGAGCCUGCUUUCCUUGCAUGUGUAAGUCAGUCAGAUCGAGAAGAGUUGCAGACUCUGCUGCAGAGAGUCGUAGCUCAGGAUGCUUUUGCGUUCAAGGGCGCAGGCAGGAGUAUCAAUCUUGAACAUGACGUCGCAGGAUUUGAUUCCACAGAGAACCGGCCCCUAGUCGUCGCACGACACAUGGCAGCACUUGGUGUGUUCACCUGCAUCUCUGCAGGUGAAGAGUCCAGUGAGUGGCAGAUGACUCGAGCUGGCUUGGAGUCUGUGAGCCUGAGCUUCAGCCUACGCGACCCCAAACCUCUGAUAGUAGCUCCAGCAGUAGAUACCCUGACCACCAAGUCUGCAAGCGAGAUGGCAACAGUCCAGAUCUUAAUCUUUUUGAAGAAUCAGGGUUGGGAAUUUUCGGUCCGGCGCAAGGGCGACAAACCUCGCUGCCCUGAGCCCUACCGCUUCGGCACAGAUGACUCACCGAAAGUUUGCUGGGUGCAUUACUCGCAGAAGGCACUGUGCCACGAGUACCUUGCGGCGCUAGCUACUGCAGCGGAGCAUUUGAAGGAGGUGCCUCACUUUGAGACCAAGGCUUUCUACGCUUCUCUUUUGUUUGGCGGUGACGAGAGCAAGCAGAGCUCCACAAAUGCAUCCAAGCGCAAACGUGCAGGUCGCAAAGCAGAGGGGUUUGAAUUUCAGAAUAUGUAUAAUCCUUCCAUGCCAGACCAGGUUCCGUCUGCCCAGCCAGUAGCUCGGAAGCGGAAAGCCCCUGCUGCUCGUGGAAGCAGGCAAAGAGGCAGGGGGCGGAACAGUCAACCACGAGGUUCUGAGGCUGCAGAUCCUCCUGCCGAGGUGCAGGACACUCAGGAAGCAGACGACGAUUCUGUUGUGAAUUUCGAGGACGUCAGCAUUUCCCCAGAUUUUUUUGGUGACGUGGAGGCAGGUGAAAGCGCAGAUUCUGGCGAUGGCUCUGUGGGGUCUAAUUCAGGUUCCACUUCAAGCUCGAGCUCAAGUUCAAGCAGUCCUGCUCCAGAACAGUGGAGCACCAGCAGCCAAGUGCUUCAGAACAACCCGGGCAGGGCUGUGGACAGAGGAGGAGCGCGGCCAGUGGUGCAGGGUGUAGAGGAGCUGAAAACCGGUGAGGCGUUGACCAAGACCCAGAUGGCAGAUGACACGCCCAAGGUCAGCUUGCUACCGCGUGCAGGGAUGAGUUUGCCGAAGCCCGUGCCAAAGUCGAAGCCCAAGGGAUCCGUGGGACAUAUGCUGGAGAGGCGACAGCAUGAGCAGCAGCAGAUCCUCGAGGAAUCCGUGAAGGCCAAGAACAGACCCGGCAAGAAAGAGCGCGAGCGGAAGAGGAGACAGAUGAGCUCUGAUGGUUCAGAAGGUUCCUGGACUCCGGUGUCCUUUGCGCCAUCCGGCCCGCUUCCAAAUGCUGGCCCCGCCAACAAGAGGCCUCGCUCGAGCUCAGGUCCACAGCCUUGGGACUUUUCGCAGAUCGGCAGCAUGCUCCCGAAGACAGUGAAGACUACGCCUGCCUUCAAAGUGAAGAGGGAAUUCACAUAUGAUCCCCAGAGCGGGAAUGUGUGCCACUUCUCCGAAAGUAUCGACACACGCUGA